GUUUUGAAUUCGUCACCAUUCUGUGCACUCUAUUUGCAUAGUUCAAUUUCUCCACUUUAGUUUAAAAUAUUCUCCACUUUGACCGGGUAGCCAUGUUGAUAUUGACUGCAUAUUACGUUUAACAAGGAUUUUCAUUUGGCAACAUUUGAUUUUUUUGUUGAAGGAGAUAAUGAGUGGUAGAACAUCAAGAAGGUUAACUUAUGUAAGUGGUUCAUGCCAUAAAUACAGCUUAGCUGCUGUUCUUCUGGUGGUAGCCGGACUCUUAUUUUUUGUGCCACAAUAUCAUUGGAGACUAAAUGUUAGAUCCUCACCCGACUCAAAUGCUAUUCCAAAGUCGAUACUUUAUAGAAAGUAUCUUCAUUCAAUGAAUCUUCCUAAAAGUUCUGAUGGUAUACCAUAUGCUGAAAUAGAAAUAAUCCGCCGUGACUGUGGGCAACUUUGUAAUACUUCGCGACCUGGUUCACCAGGCCCAUAUUUUAAUCAUGUAACAGCACCAGUGAACUGUGAAGCAAUCUUUAAAAAUACUUACAUAGAUAAAGGUCAUGGCUUAAAGGAAGCUCCCAGAUAUAUUCCAAAUAAGCUUCUUAAAGACUUUACAAUGAAUUUUCAAUUGCCAGUAUCAGAAUGGUACUUUGAUAUGCCAUACCUUAAUACAAAAAGUAAAACACCUGUAUGGACAAAAGAAAGUGUAGAGCACCAGAUCUCGCUGGCAAAAAAAGGAAUUUUAGAUGGAACAUAUGACAGUUCUGAAACUAACGCGUUAAGAGAUGGGCUAAAGCAUGCUCCUGGCGUCAAAGAUGGGCGUGUCUUGGUCAUAGGUUCUGAGAAUCCAUGGGUUGAGGCAUGUGUACUAGAGGCUGGGGCAAAGGAAGUUGUUACUCUUGAGUACGGAGAAAUUCGAUCAUUGCAUCCGAAAAUAAAAACUUUCAUUCCUCAAGCAUUUAGGAUGGCUUACUUGAAUAAGACUCUUGGUGAAUUUGACGCUGUGGUAACGUUUAGCUCGGUUGAACAUUCAGGACUAGGUAGGUAUGGCGAUGGACUUAAUCCUUGGGGUGAUAUCAUAGCAAUUGCAAGAGCUUGGUGUGUAACAAAGAAAGGUGGAUCAUUGACAAUUGGAGUAAUGUUUGAUAAUGAAAAAGAUUAUAUUCAAUUUAAUGCUGCACGAUACUAUGGGAAAAUUAGAUAUCCCUAUCUCGCCACUAACUGGAAACAACACUAUAGGGGACAUGGAAGUCAAAAAAUCCACGUAUUCGUAAAACCAUAAGUCGGAUAAUGGAUACUACACUUGUUGAGCAUAAUAAUUUUUGUAAACGUAAUGUGUUUAUAAUUUACUAGUAUAUUAGUAAAGUAUUAAAAUAUCUCUCUCUAUUGUUUCUUAGUUAGUUCAAA